AGCAUUAUAUAAAUAUGGCCACUACUAAUCAUUUCUCUUCAUAUCUACAAACACAGACAAAAUACUUCUCUGCUCUCUCAAAUGAUAUCAUGAACUGAAAAAGAGAGAAAGGGGUUGAAGUGUUGAGUGCAUAAGAGAAGGAGAAGGUAUGGCGCGUGGAGAAGUAGGAGUGCUGAGCGCGCUUGAUGCAGCGAAGACGCAAUGGUAUCACUUCACAGCGAUAGUGAUAGCGGGCAUGGGGUUCUUCACGGACGCCUACGACCUCUUCAGCAUCCCCAACGUGACGAAGCUUCUAGGGCGCAUCUACUACACCCACCCGGGGGCCCCCAAGCCAGGGACGCUGCCUCCCAACGUCUCCGCCGCCGUCAACGGGGUCGCCCUCUGCGGGACGCUCGCCGGCCAGCUCUUCUUCGGCUGGCUGGGGGACAAGAUGGGCCGGAAGAAGGUCUACGGACUCACGCUUGCCCUCAUGGUCUUCUCCUCCCUCGCCUCCGGCCUCUCCUUCGGCCACUCCGCCAAGGGCGUCAUCGCCACCCUCUGCUUCUUCCGCUUCUGGCUCGGCUUCGGUAUCGGCGGCGACUACCCUCUCUCCGCCACCAUCAUGUCUGAGUACGCCAACAAGAAGACGCGUGGCGCCUUCAUUGCCUCCGUCUUUGCCAUGCAAGGAUUUGGAAUCCUGGCGGGAGCUGUGGUUUCGAUCGUAGUGGCGACAGCGUUCGACCACGCGUACAGCGCUCCAUCAUACGAAACGAACCCCGAAGCCUCCCUGGUUCCGGAAGCCGACUACGUUUGGCGCAUCAUCCUAAUGUUCGGUGCUGUCCCCGCCGCUCUGACCUACUACUGGCGCAUGAAGAUGCCCGAAACGGCGCGUUACACGGCGCUCGUCGCCAAGAACGCCAAGCAAGCCGCGCAGGACAUGUCCAAGGUGCUUCAGGUGGACAUCCAAGCCGAGCAGGAAAAGGUGGACAUCAUCGUCCAGAGAGAAGCCAACACCUUCGGCUUGUUCUCCAAGGAGUUUCUCCGCCGACACGGCUUGCACUUGCUCGGCACAACCACUACCUGGUUCCUACUCGACAUCGCUUACUACAGCUCCAACCUCUUCCAGAAAGACAUCUACAGCAACAUCGGUUGGCUCCCCCCCGCCAAGGAAAUGAACGCCAUUCAAGAAGUCUUCAGAGUUGCUAGGGCAACCGCGCUUAUAGCCUUAUGCGGUACGGUUCCAGGCUACUGGUUCACCGUCGCCUUUAUCGAUCACUUGGGUCGUUUCUUCAUCCAAAUCAUGGGCUUCUUCUUCAUGACUGUCUUCAUGUUCGCCCUAGCCAUCCCCUACCACCACUGGGCCAAAAAGGAACACAGGAUAGGCUUUCUCGUUUUGUACGCUUUUACCUUCUUCUUUGCCAAUUUCGGCCCCAACGCCACCACUUUCGUCGUGCCGGCCGAGAUCUUCCCCGCCAGGCUGCGGUCCACGUGUCAUGGGAUUUCGUCGGCCGCAGGGAAGGCCGGCGCCAUCGUGGGCGCGUUCGGCUUCCUUUAUGCUUCUCAGGACAAGGAUCCUAAGAAGCGGGACGCGGGUUACCCCGCGGGGAUUGGGAUGAAGAACACCCUCAUUUUGCUGGCUGUGGUGAAUUGUCUUGGCUUGUUUUUCACGUUCUUGGUUCCGGAAUCUAAAGGGAAGUCCUUGGAGGAGUUGAGUGGGGAGAACGAAGAUGAAGAAGGUAAUAAUCAUCAUGAGCAGCAACAGCAAGGUGCAUCCUCUUCUGGUAGGACAGUUCCAGUUUAAUUUGAUGCUAUAUAUAUAUAAUAGUGUAAUGUCAUUAGAGAUGUUCAAGGAGAUGUAGAUGAAAUUAUAGUAUGUUUGGAUCCAAUAAUAGAAAUGUUUUUAAAAAUAUUUCUGAUUCGUAUCCAAACAUUUUCUGAAUCUUAAAUUGUUAUAUAUCAAAUUGCACACCCAUAGUGUGCAGAUAUAUAUAAAUAUAUAUGGUUAUACGUGCAUGCAGCAGAAGAUAUAGUUUAGUUUGGGAUGGUUUAUCAUAAUAGAUUGCCAGAUUCCGUGCUUUCAUUUAUCCAGAUCAACUGAGCUUGUCAAUUCAACUUGCCUUCUGCAGCUCACAAAAGUUCUCUCACAUGCAUGUUAUGUUCUUUUUCUGUUUGUAGAAAAAUCUCUACUUGUGUACAUAAAGUUAAGUAAUUAAACAACACUGGUGGUUGUUUAGAUGA